AUGGCCGACUUAUUUUUUUUACCAUAUCACUGCGAUUUAUCGUCAUUACUAAUAUGGAAUAAUAGCGACGUUCGCAGUGUUGGAUUGAGGAAGUAUCGUUCAGCUCGUGGUUUUGAGUGUGCCAGUUGUGGUCAUUUUGUUUUUAUGCACAAUAUUCCUUAUCAACGUGCUAAGGGUGAUCCUAACCAUAAUGCAUCCGAACUCUGCAAAUCCUGCACCAGUGGGGAUGAAAAGAGCCGCAAGAGCUGCCCUUAUACUGAUUCCCCUUUUUGGUUUGCAGUUCAUACUGCUUCCGAUGAUUCCUGAGCAGCACCAUCCUCUAUAUCAUUUCUACAUUUGGCUGUGUGUCGUCCAUUGUCCCAUUCCAGGUAA